AUGAUGUCAUCGAAGCAAAAUGGCAUGCGACAGGCCGCCAGGGUAAUCGUCCUUGCCGGUCGUUCCUACUUCUCAUCCGCCCUUGGCGCGUCUCCUGUGCCAAACACCUCACGCUCUGCUGCCGCUGCGGCUAACACCUGCGUCACGCGCCCGAACCUGACCAUUCAUCACCUGGCACCUGGAACCUCAUCCUCUUCGUCCAACUUCGCCGUCGCCUGCCGGCGCGGCAUCGCCACCAGCUCUCCCGCCGCGCGUCCGCCCGGCGCGACGGUGCGCGCGUCGAUGGAGAACGUGGAGACGAUGACCAUGUCGGACGCGGAGAUCCGUGCGCUCGGCGCCAAGAAGCGCCCUCCCGGGGAGCACCCUGGCGGACCGCUGCACCAGCAGGGCCGGCUGAGUGGCUGGUUCAAGCCCGAGCUGAGGGCCCUGUACCCGCUGUUCGCCAUGCUUUCUUUGGGGCUGAGCCUGGCCGUGUGGAACAUGGCUCGCGAGCUGUACAAGAACCCCGCUGUGAUGGUCAACAAGAACCGCCGCCAGCACAUGCUGUUCGAAAUCGACGACCCGCAGACAAUCGUGAAGGAGUCGGAGAAGUACCACAAUGACAACGCCCUGAAGAAACUGGCCUACAAGUACAGACUUCUAUAUCGAGAUUCAUUCAUGGCGUUACGCCGCGCCAUCCCCCACGGCUUGUCUGCCAACCGCUCGUCGCGGCGCGCGGCAAAGGCCGAUUCGUCCUCCGAUGCAGUAACCCCUGCGGGCCGCGCACGAGAGCUCGUCGAAGCGCUGUCGUCAACGACGGGUCUGUCGCUCAAUGUCGCAAGCCUGUCGCAGCUGAAGCGACUCGUGCGAUACGACGACGAAUGCAUGCGCGCCGCAUUCGACGUUAUCAUGACGCGCCUCGAGAAUAAGCACGCGCAGAUCCGCCUUUUGCUGCUCCUCGUUAUAGACUACCUCUUUAUGCGCUCGCGGCUUUUCCGCCGCCUGCUCCUCCCCGCGCAUCUCCUCCCCUUCCUCCGCCUCACACUCGGCAUCCACCCCGCCUCCCCCCUUCCCCCGCCUGCCGCCCGCGCUUCCAUCCUCCGCACGCGCACACUUGAGUGCCUACAAGCCUGGGCGGCAGCUUUUGGCGCUUUCUACCCGUCCCUGGGCAUGGCUUUGCGCUACUUGGUGGGGACGCUCAAGCUCCCCCUGCCGCAGGGGGGAUCCGCAGGGGGGCGUGCGGGGAGGCGGGCCGCGGGGGUGGAGAGCGCGCGGGAGAGACAGCGGCGGGAGAGGGCCGCGCGGGUGCACGCGGGACAGCUGGCGCGAUACGAACGGGCGCAGGCGGAGUGGGGGGAGUUGGGGGAGGAGAUGAGGGGAGCUGUGCGGGAAUUGGAGGAGGGGGUCACGACACUGGAAGGGGGAGAGGCGGAAGGAGAAGAGAGAGAGAGAGGGGAAGGCGGAGGGAAAGGAGGAGAAGACAGGGAAGAUAAGACGAAAGGAGGUAGCGGGGAAGCAGCGGGAGCAGGAGCAAGAGGAGGAGGAGGAGGAGCAGGAGGAGAAGAAGAAGAAUGGUUGGAGCAGGACCCUUUAUCUGACACCUACUGUGAGCCAUUCGGACGCGCGGAGCUGCGUGUGCUCUCCCAUGGCUCACACGCACAUGUACGCCUUGCCCACCACCUCUCCACAGCACACGCCCAGGCAGGACAGGCGGGGGAGGCGGAGCGGGCAGGACAGGCGGAGGAGGCGGGGGAGGCAGCACAUGCGGGGUGGGAAGGAGGAGGUGUGGAUCGUGGUCUUAUACAGUCUCUGUGCGCCCUGGCAGCAGUGGUGCAGGGGCGGUAUCUGAGUGUGAGCGGCGCGUGGGUGCAUGCGUUGACCAGGGUUGACCCGCUUGACCCGGCGUGCAGGGACGAGAUGUUGAGAGAGGUCAUUGGGCUGAGGGCGCAGAUGAAGGGUGUUAUGGAGCGGUGCAGAGCGGUUGGGUUGACGUGGGAGGUGAAGGGGGAGGGAGGCGGGGAUGGAGAGGAAGAAGGAGAGGAGGAGGGGAAGGGAGCGGGUGCAGGGAGCGGCGAAGAGGAGGUGGAGUGGGAGGAUGGUGGCGGUGGUGAGGAUAAACUUGCUAGAGCCAUGGAAGAGAGGAGUGGUGAAGAUAUGGGCGUUCUGAACCAAGAGCAGCAGCAGCAGGUGGAUAUUGAAAGGAGUUGUGGUGAAGGACAGAACCUCGCACAUGAGCGCGUGCGCGAGCUCAUGGGCCUGCAGGUCUGCUACUAUGAGCCUCCUAAGGGGGUGCGGGGGAGUGCGGGGAGGAGGGUGGGGAUGGGGAGGGAGAGGGGGAAGGAGGAGGGGGAUAGGAGAGGAGGGGAGAGGGAGGAAAAGGGGGGGAGGGAGGGGAAGGAGGAGAGGGAGGGGAAGGAGGAGAGGGAGGGGAAGGAGGAGAGGGAGGGGAAGGAGGAGAGGGAGGGGAAGGAGGGGAGGGAAGGGGGUUGUCCAGGCGAGGAGAGGAUGUUGUGCAGCGGAGUGAAACGACAGAGGGAGGGAGAUGACGGGGGAAGGUCUGAUGGUGGGGAUGGUGGGGAUGGUGGGGAUGAUGGUGGGGACGUUGAGGGAGAGGAGUUGGAAGUGAGGGAGGUGGCGAGUGGGCCAUUGGGUGGGGUACAGGCUGGGGCAGUCAGUGGGGAGAGUGGCGACGGUGGACGUGCACGCAGGGCUGGUGGAGAGAGUGAGGAGGGGGCGAAUGGGACAACGGGGGCGGAAGGGAGCAAAGAGGGCAUGCAGGAGGAGAGAAGGAGCAGCAGAGAGCUGGGGUCUCUGGAUUGGUACGGAGGGGAUAGGGGAGGCGAGAGAGGGCGCGAGAGAGGAGGCGAGAGAGCAGUGCAAGGAGGGCACGGGAGUAGCGUCGUGAGUGAGAGAGCCAGUGCGGCCAGUGGGGGUGGCGCAGAUGGUUCCAGGAGGUUGGGGGUGGAGAGGCGCGGGUUGGUGCUGCGAGUGGCAGCUAGCCUGAAGCAGCGAGCUGCUCUGCUGGGGAAGGAGGAUGCACAGAAGUUGACUUGCUCGGGUGGUUCUGCUAUGCAGCAUGGGCAGGCUGGGUUGGGUGGUGCAGCAGGGGAAGAGGAGCAGGGCGGUGCGGUCGGGGUGGCACGGGGUGGUGGUGCUGCUGCUGGGGGUGAGGGGCAGUGGAGGGGGGCGCGGGUGGGCCGAGGGGAACAGGCGGGGGGGGGCAGGGGCGGGGAGAGAGGUGGGGUGGGUGCACGUAUCCGCGCUCACAACGACGCGGUGUUGAUGGCUGCAGAGGUGCGCGGUAAGGGAGGGGAGGUGGUGAGUGGGGAGAGGGGAGGAGGAGGUGGUGAGGAAGGUGCAUGUGAUGGUAGGCCUGGGAACGAGCAGAGGGGAGUGUUGAGUGGGGGAGGUAUUGGGAUCGUCAUGGGUCUUAAUGGUGGUGGUGGUGGUGGUUUCGCUGUUGGCGAGAGUGAUGGUUACAGUGAAGGAGCAGGGGCGGGUGGUUGGGGAAGGGAAGAGGGAGUGGGAGUGGGGGGAGUGGGGGGAGUGGGGGGAGAGACGUUAGCAGGUAUGCUGAAGAGGAAGGAGGGUGUAAGGGAGAGGCUGGGCAGGAGGUUGUUGAGGGGCAGGGGCAGGGCAGCAGCGGUGGAGCAGAUGGAGAGGGAGGAGCAGCAGAGGACCAGAGAGGCGCGGGUGAACCAGUGGUGA